AUGGCAGAGCCUAUCGCGAGUCUGUCGCCGUUGAGCCGGUCGGACGGGUCUGCCGCUUACAACUGUCCCGCGUCCGGCUUUCAGAUCCUGGCCGCUGUCACAGGCCCCGUCGAACUGCCUGGUCGCCGCGAUGCCCAGAAGCCUGAAGAGGCUACGCUGGAAGUAUUGGUCAAGCCUGGCACAGCCCAAGGCGCUAUUGGAGAAAGAUAUGUCGAGGACAUCUUGAAGACUCUACUCGGCAGAGUCGUCCUGGGAAGGGACAAGGGAUUUCCGAGACGAGGGAUAGUGAUCACUUUGCUGGUUCUUGGGGGCUCGGGCGGUGGGAAAAUCCAAAGGGGUGAAUCAUAUCUGCCUAUCCUGCCUGCGCUACUCCAUGCCGCACUCCUCGCCCUUCUUUCUGCAGCGAUCCCCAUGUCUAUGACGUACACCGCAGUCGCCUUAGCUGUGACCAACGCAAAUCAAAUAGUUCGUGACCCUUCGCCCAGUGAGUGCAAAACAGCAAAGUCGCUGCAUACCCUUGCAUUCUCCUCCAAGGGCCAUCUGCUUUUGAAUGAAAGCCAGGGUAGUUUUGACUUUGACACGUGGGAUCUGGUAUAUGACCGUGCAUAUUCCAUUUGCAGGGGAACAAAGGUUUCGGGGGCAGAUGGUGAUGUUGCAAUGGGCGAGAAGCCUAGCUUGGAGAGUGUCAUCCGAGAAGUGGUCGAGGAUAAAAUCUAUAAGGAUUACGCGUGGGCGAUUGAUGCAGCCUGA